GAUCACAAGGCUUGACAGGUUAUGAAUUUUUCCAGAUAAACUUGCCGUGAUGUCCUUCUAAGAAGCAGGUCCCUGAAAUCUUCUGGAGCAUCUGGAAGGAGAUAAUGUCUGCCCUAGACCCUCCUGCAGAGGACAUGAGCAACAGUCAAAUUUCUGAGCUGAAUCCAUCUUAUACUCAGGCUCGCUUCCCUCAUCUCAAUUUUGAUUUGCACAAGCUAUCAGAAAAAAUGGAGAAAGAAUACCAGGAGAUUCGCAAGCAGUUGCAAAGGAGUUAUAACCCCAGCAUGAGAAAUGAAUGCAAGAGGUUAAAAACAUUCUUCUCCUAUGACUCUGGUUCAUCGUGGGCUCCCACAGAGAUGGCUGCUGCUGGGUUUUAUUACACGGGGGUUAAGUCUGGUAUACAGUGUUUCUGCUGUGGGCUGGUUUUAUUUGCAGCAGGAGCCAGAUUGUCCCCAGAUUCAGAGCAUAAAAAAUUUCGGCCUCAGUGUGAAUUUGUCCAAGAGAAAGAGGUGGGUAACAUUCUGCGGUAUGACAUACGUGUUCAGAACGUAGAGAAGAGUCCGACAGAGCCUACAGACAGAUACAAAGAGGAGGAGGCUAGACUUCAGUCUUUUGAAGCCUGGCCAUUCUAUGCCAGAGGAACCCAGCCAGCUGCGCUCUCUAGUGCUGGAUUUUUCUUUACAGGUGAAAAAGAUAAAGUUCAGUGCUUUGCCUGUGGAGGAUGUUUGGGGAACUGGGAAGAAGGUGAUGAUCCUUGGAAAGAACAUGCCAAAUGGUUUCCUGAGUGUGAAUUCCUUCGCCAUAAGAAAUCCAGUGAUGAAAUUAAACAAUACCUUCAUAGCUACUGUGGAUUUGUAGGAGUGGUGGGAAAGCAUUUCACAACUCCUUCGAUAAAGAGGAUAUUAUCUACAGAAACAGGUGAAGGGGAUGUUCAAUGCUUUGCCUGUGCUGGAUGUUUGGAGAAUUGGGAGGAAGGUGAUGAUCCGUGGAAAGAACACAAAAAAUGGUUACCUGAUUGCAAAUGCUUGGAGCUACUCAAUGAGAUGACAGUAGAUCCACCAAAGAAUCAGUCAGCAUUACAUUCUGAGCAGCAAACUGCAAAGCCAACCUCAGAAGGGAGAAAAUGCCAAUAUUCUGCUUUUACUGACAUGACCCUUGAGGAUCCUGAAUGGACCCAAGAAGCCAAGGCAUUGACUGAACAUCUCAGGCAGGCUUACAGUAAUACCAGGUUUAGCAGACUGCCUUCCUUUGGUGACUCUACCCAUUUUGCCAUUGAUUUGAAAUUGCUUUACGCCGACCUGUCAGUUGUCUCAAAGGAUAUCUAUAACCAGCCACUGCAGCAGCUCCUGCUGCCUGACAUCCUUGCAAACCUUAACUCCAUCACUGUCCUUGAAGGUGAAGCAGGAGGUGGGAAGACAGCAUUGCUGAGGAAGGUAGCUGUGCUGUGGGCUUCAGGCUGCUGCCCCGUGCUAAGCAGGUUCAAGUUGGUCUUUUAUCUUUCCCUGAGUGCCACAAAAGGGGAUCAAAGCUUGACUGACAUCAUCUGCAACCAGUUAGUGGGAUUUCCGGGGUCGUUAACAGAAAUGUCCCUGAGGAACAUCCUUCAGCACUUAAAGCACCAGGUCCUGUUCCUUCUGGAUGACUACGGCGAGAUGAAUUCAGUCCCCUCGGUCAUCGAAGGACUUGUACAAAAGAACCACUUCAACAAACACUGCCUGGUUAUCGCUGUGCGUACUAAUCGGAUCAGAGAAAUCCGCAAGCAUGCAAAUACAAUUUUAACUAUUGUGCAGUUUCCUCUGUACAGCACUCUCUACGUCCUUCGGAAGCUGUUUUCACACAACAUUGCCCUUGUGGAAAAGUUCAUCUAUAAGCUGAAAUGGGAAGACACCAUGAAGACUCUUCUGAAGACCCCGCUUCUAACUGUGGCUCUCUGUACGUAUUGGAUACAAUACCCAGGGGGGAACAUCUUCAGUGACAAGGCUAUUUUUAAAGCCUACUUGCUGUAUAACUCCCUAAAAUACUUGGAAGAAGGAGACCAUGUUAGUGCCAUGGUGUCCUCCUGUGGAGAGCUUGCCUUAAAAGGUCUUUUCAAGCCGUGCUUUGAUUUCAGGGAGGAAGACCUCUCUGAAAUAGGUCUUGAUGGAGAUGAAGCUCUGAGAUUGGGCCUGCUGAGCAAAUUCACUGCCCAAAGGCUGCAGCCAGUUUAUCAGUUCUUUCAUCCAUCAUUCCAAGAGUUCCUGGCAGGGCUAAGGAUGAGCGAGCUCCUAGCUUCUGAUGUUGAAGAAAACCUGGAACGAGGACUGUAUUACUUGCAGCAAAUCAACACGUUGAGGAAAGUUUCUGGGACCUAUCACUUUUUAUUGCAGUAUGCUUGCAGCUAUCCUUCCAAGGCAGUUCCAAAAAUCAUAACCCAUUUAUUCAACUUAAUCCACUCUAAGGAGGCAUUUGAAAGUCAAGCAGAAAGUGAUGAACUACUACGACAUCACCCAGAACUACAAAUGGUGGUGCAGGCAAUAGAUGAUUUGGAGUCAGAAUUUUGUCUUUCAUUUUUCACUCGCCUUUUGCUGAACAUUGCAAUUUCUGCAGCUUAUGAAAGUGACACUGUUGCAAUGUGUGCCCCAGCCAUCUUUGAGUUUCUUAGAGGAAAAACAUUUUCUUUUGGCACAUUAGUGUCACAGUACAGUUUUUUGCUGUGGUUUUUUCUCGAUUUUCCAGAAAGCCUGUCUUUUCCCAGUACUUUUUACUUAAAUGUACAUGGAAAAAAAUAUAAACCAAAAUCUGAUUUUUCGGACAUAGGAAUUCAUCCCUCUGAACUGGAGGUUCCAACGAUUGACACGGAUUAUGCUUCUGCAUUUAUAAAUCUAAAUGAUAUGUCACAGAGGAUGAAAGAACUUGAGAAUAAUGUGAAUAGCUUUUUUUCACUGGUUUCUAGAUUUCUGCCAGACUCUCUUAUGGCUCCUUUCAUACUUGCAAAGGGUCGUGCAAAGAUUUCAGCUCUGAAAUUUGUAGCCAAUGCCAUUAGUUCUUUGGAAGAAGCCGAUCUUAGGAACCUUAUGGUACUAUUCUCUAUUUCAGACAAUAUUGAGCUUUGCCUAAAUGAUAGUCCAGGACUGGUUGAAAGUAUCCGACCAGCUCUUGAACAGCACAAGGAAUGCUUUAAAAAAUGCAGCCUGUGUAAUGUUAACUUGAGUGUAGCAGAACAAGAACUACUUCUGUCUAUGUCUUCAGUGGAAUCUCUUGAGAUAAAGGAAGACGCCAAAGUGCCAGAAUUGCUUUUUACAAAUUUGGACAAAUUCACCUGCUUAAAGGGAUUAUCAGUGUAUGUACAGAAUGGUCAAAAUGUGUUUAACAUCAUGCCCAGUGGCUUUGGAAAUAUCCAUAGCAUGGAGAGAUUGUUGAUUGAUAAUGUGAACUUUUCAGAUAGUUCUUCCAGGCUGGUUGGAUUCAUUCAGGGAUUUCAGAACCUCCGUGUCUUUCAUCUGAACACUUCCAGCUUCCUUGACUGUGACUCUCUUCUGGCUACAGUUUCUUCUUGCAAAAAAUUAAUGGAAAUCAGGUUUACCGGAUCAUUUAUGAGAGACCGAGACAUGUUAUCCUUUGCUGAUAUUCUGCCAAAUUUUCUGUUUCUCAAAGUGUUAGACCUUAAUGAGCAAUACAUUACUGAUGAGGAAACUUCCCAAGCCUUUGCAUCUGCUUUAGGAUGUCUUGUAAAUCUGGAAGAACUUUACCUCCCUGCUGUGUAUGGAAUAAAGCAUGCAGCAAAGCUGAUUGUUCAGCAGUGUUCACAUCUGCAACUUCUCAGGUGCUUCUCAUUUCAUCAUUCUUUGAAUGAUGAGAGCCUACUGGAAAUAGCCAAGGUAGCAUGCAAUGGAGGUUUCCAAAAGCUUGAAAAUCUUUCACUGAGUUCAAACCACAAUGUAACAGAAGCUGGUUGGACAAACUUCUUCCAAGUGCUGUUCCAUAUGCCCAGUUUAAAGGAAUUAAACAUUAGUCGCACAUACACACAGCAAAUCAAAUUGCAAGCAACAACAGUGAAGUCGUUUGUUCAGUGUGUGUCUAGGCUUCCCCGUCUUGUGUACAUUCAGUUUUAUGGCUGGCUGCUUGAUGCAGAAGACCUGAAAAUGUUUGAGACUAUGAAAGAACAACACCCCCAAUCCAAGCGUUUAAAAUUAAGCUGGCAAUGGAUGUUGCCCUUCUCACCAAUUUUACAAGAAUGAAACAAUUUUUUCUGUAUAUUUGGGUUUUUUUUCAAUUUCUUUAGAAAGAGGCACAUAGCACAGCAUCUUUGCAUAUUAAACCCUGGAAUUUUAAGCUUCAUAUCUGCUUAUAUUAAUUAAUAGGAAACCCUUUUCACAGACUGGAGGGAUUAAUAUAAGCCUUGCAAAGUACUUAGAUGUCUGACUGACAAGUGUAUUAAGCAUAAGCUUGUCAUAAAUAGUACAUUUUCAUGAUUAGCGUGCCUAUCGGAUGUUAACUCUGAACAUUUUUAUUGCCAUGCAAGGAAGUAUUUUUUGUAAAUGGAUGACAUGCCAACUAGAAUGACUCUGAAUUAAAGGUAGUAAUUUAAAAAAAAACACUUAGUGGGCUCACUGAAAAAAUGAAACUUAAUGAAGAUUAGUAGAUGGGAUUUAUUAAGGCCUGCAAGAACACUUAAGCAGGGGGGAGUUUCUUUCCUUGAAGAUGUUGUAAGAGGUGUGCAGGUAUCCUAGACUGUAACUUUUCCUAUUCUGGGGGACUACUACAUAGUGACACCAAAUUCAGGAUGAUGUCCAACUACUUGUUCCUGGCUAAUACUGCCACUUAGUUCAUGUUUUAAUUUAAACUGUUGAGAGAAAUACUGUAUAUAGAGACCUCAUAUGAACUUUAUUUUUAUUUUAAAUGGGCUUUUAAGUAUUUUUUUUCCUUUCUAAAGUAGGCAAUUUCCAGACCCACUGUGACCUUUCAGCCAGUUACACUUGACAAUACUUCACCUUGGGCAAAUAUAGAUGUAUGCUAAUACAAUAACUAAGAGUGCUUAAUAGUGAUGUUCUAGUUGUGAUGAUCCAGAAAUUAUGUGAGGCAAGGCUUUACUGACUUACUGGACCAACUAUGCAAUUGGAAUGAAGUUAAAAAAGCUUCUGAGUGCAAGAUAUUCUUUGUCAGAUCUCACUGACAAGGAAAGUUUUGCAUUCAAGUUUGUCUAACUUUAUCCCAACUACAUUUUUUUUCAAUAAAAGGUAUCACACUUAGAAAUCCUUACUACCUCACAGUAUUGUACUCAUGCGUGGUCACUACCAGUGUUCCCUCUAAGGUGUAGCAGUUUGUGAGCUCACCAAUUCAGUCCAUUCCCAAAUUGGUCUGCCUCCACCUUUUGGCAUGUGCUGCUUCAGUCCACCUUGCAAUUGGUGUGUGUGUGUUCUCCCCACCCCCCGCUGUGGCUGGCAGGUAGAUAUGUGCAGGUCCCCUGUUGUUGCCCAGCAUGAUUUUUUUCUGUGUGCAGCUGCACAUGCGCGCAGCUUAGCAGGAACACUGGUCACUGUACAUUUUAACAGAGAUCAAACACUUAACAAAAUGCCUAAGCUUGUGUUACUAUCCCACACUUGCUUACAUACCAAUGCAGUUGCCAUGUACAAGACUUUGUUCCUCUCUUUACUAGAUUGUAUAACAUUUCAACAUUUUCUUAAAAAAGCUUUUAUGGGUCACUUUCAGUAUGUACUUAGUGUGCAACAUGGAGUCUUUUUCCAAACUGCUGGGCUACUAUGGGUUUUUCAGACUGAUGCUAGCUAGCCUUUUUAUCUGAUCCACUUAACACUUUCUAGAAAUUAUUUCACAUAUGAUUUGCCUAAUGAGAUGAGAAGCUGUGAAAUGGAUAGAGUUAUGAACUAUAGCAUAACAAUGAAAAUUAAAAUAAAAAGCCCUUACAUCUCAGAUCAACAUCUGUGGGACAACUUAGUGUUCCUGAGUAAAAACAAGUUGAACUUUGUCCCAUCUCCCAGCAGUUGAACAUCCACCACCAUGUGGGACUGCAGGACCUCAAGCAUUUUGAAACUACUAUUUUAACCAUUUCCUCCACAAUUCUGUCUGCUUUUUAUUAACUGGGAAACAUUCCAGCCUCUUAUUAUUUUAGUCUCAGUAUGUUUUUUUUUUAAUGUAAGCAUCUAUGAAGUCAUCACACAGGACAGAUGUAGAAAGCAAUGUCCCCAAUUUUCAUCAACUCUAAAUGCUCUCUCAGAAGACGAAUGAUCCAUGUAUUAUAUAGAAUCCUAAGUUAAGUAUCAGCUGUGAACUAAGUUAUGGUGGUCAAACUUCUAUUUAAAUGUUCAAUUAAUAGUUAUAUUCCGUGUUAAGAGAAGGGUUCACUAUAACCAUGUGUAAAACCAACGAGGAAAUAUUAUUGGCCUUGAAGUUAUGACUAAUAUUGCCAUACUCUGUAGGCUUAAGUUAUUUAAUGAAAAUAAAGGGACUUUCUGGAAUUGA